AUGAACUUGGAGCGCGAGCUUCGCCAGCUGAGAAAGGCCAAGACCAAGGCCCAGCGGGGCGGACAGCUGCGGGAGGAGGCCGCCUCCUGCCACCAGCUGGGGGAGCUUCUAGCCAGCCAUGGCCGCUACGCAGAGGCCCUGGAGGAGCACCAACAGGAACUUCAGCUCCUGGAGAGCGUGGACGACCCCCUGGGCUGUGCCGUGGCCCAUCGCAAGAUCGGAGAGAGGCUAGCCGAGAUGGAGGACUACUCGGCCGCCCUGAAGCACCAACACCGCUAUCUGGAGCUGGCCUGCUCCCUCUCCAACCACGUCGAGCUGCAGAGAGCUUGGGCCACCAUCGGGCGCACUUACCUGGACAUUUACGACCACAACCAGUCUCGGGACGCCCUGCUGCAAGCCCAGGCUGCCUUCGAGAAGAGCCUGGCGAUUGUGGAUGAGAAGCUGGAGGGGGCUGUGGCCCAUCAAGAGCUGGUUGAGAUGAGGGCCCGGCUCUAUCUGAACCUGGGGCUCACCUUCGACAGCCUGCAGCAGACGGCCCUGUGCAGUGACUACUUCAAGAAGAGCAUCUUCCUGUCUGAGCAAAACCAUCUCCAGGAAGACCUGUUCCGAGCCCGCUACAACCUGGGCACCAUCCACUGGCGAGGGGGCCAGCACUCCAAGGCCAUGCGCUGCCUGGAGGGUGCCAGGGAGUGCGCUCGUGAACUGAAGAAGGGGUGCAUGGAGAGUGAAUGCUGUGUGGUUAUUGCACAGAUCCUCCAGGAUCUAGGGGAUUUCCUGGCUGCCAAACGUGCCCUGAAGAAGGCAUAUAGGCUGGGUUCCCAAAAGCCUUUGCAAAGAGAGGUGGUCUGUAGCAGCCUCAAGUAUGUGUUGAAGGUGGUCCAGCUGCAGCAGCAGCUGGAAGAGACCAAGGGGCAGGACCCUCACCGUGCCAUGAACAUCUGCGAGCAGCUGGGGGAUUUGUUCUCCCAGGCUGGUGACUUCCCUAAGGCAGCCGAGGCCUACCAGAAACAGCUGCAUUUUGCAGAGCUGCUGGGCCGGCCAGGGGCUGAGCUGGCUGUCAUCCACGUAUCCCUGGCUACCACCUGGAGUGACAUGAAAGAGCCAAGGCAGGCUGUACAUCACUAUGAGGAGGAGCUGAAGCUGCGCAGUGGAAACCCCCUGGAGGAGGCGAAGACCUGGUUCAACAUUGCGCUGUCCCGGGAGGAGGCAGGGGAUGCCUAUGAACUGCUGGUGCCCUGCUUCCGGAUGGCUCUAAGCUGUGCCCAGCAGGCUCAGCGGCCCCAGCUACAGAGGCGCAUUCUCCAGCACCUCCACACAGUACAGCUGAGGCUGCAGCCUUGUGAAGCCCUUGAUACUGAAGCCAGGCUUGAAGAGCUGAGUGUGGCUGAACAUGGGGAGGAAGAAGAUGAGGAGGAGGAGGAGGAGGGAGACAGUGAGGCUCUGGAGACCAGCGAGCUGGAGCUAUCAGAGAGCGAGGACGAGGCUCCAGGGGAGGACGAGGAGCUGCAGGGCUGCCUAGGCCAGCGGAGGGCAAGCAAGUGGAAUCGGCGGAAUGACAUGGGUGAGACGCUGCUUCACCGAGCCUGCAUUGAAGGUCAGCUGCGUCGUGUCCGGGACCUGGUGAAGCAGGGCCACCCCGUCAACCCUCGGGACUACUGUGGCUGGACACCCCUGCAUGAAGCCUGCAACCACGGCCACCUGGAGAUUGUCCGCUUCCUGCUGGACCAUGGGGCCGCGGUGGAUGACCCAGGGGGCCCAGGCUGUGAAGGCAUCACCCCACUGCAUGAUGCCCUUACCUGUGGCCACUUUGAGGUGGCCGAACUGCUUGUUGAGCGUGGCGCAUCUGUCACAGUGCAGACCUCCAAGGGACACAGCCCCCUGCAGACAUUGCACCAGUGGGUAGGGCUGUACAGCAGCGACCUUGACCAGGAGACAUGGCAGAAGGUUGGCAACAUGGAAAGGCUGCUUCAGUCAGCGGCAGCAGGCCAAGGCAAGCAGGGACACGCUGCUCAAUUGCCCAGGACCUUACCCAGUAAUCCUCUGUUUGAUCCUGAGACCACUCCUCCCCGGAGCUUCUGCUCAGAGUCCUCCCCUCGUCCCCCAAGGCUUCCAGAUGCCUUGCCAGCCCAGACCAGGCUCUCCCCAGUGUCUAGACCUCGGAGGGGCCAGCGUGGGCUAGACAGCAGCAGUGGGUCAGAGAGCGAGGACAGCGAAGGUGCCCACCAGCCAGCCCAGAAGAGGCUUCGGCCUUCAACCUCUGGCCCCCAGGCCAUCAGCCCUACUGGUGACAGAGAAGCAGAUGUAGCCAGUGCCAGCCGGGCCACCUACCAGGCGGCCAUCCGAAGUGUGGGCAGUGCCCAGAGCCGCUGUUUGGGGCUCAGCCUAGCUCGAGAAUUUGGUGAGACCCCUGUUCUCCGAGAAGCCCUGGUUCCGGAGGAGGAGUGCCUGGCUGAGGACUGGCUAGACGAUGACUUAAUGCUGACCGUCAGCCACCAGAGGCGAAGCCGCCCACCCCAGCUCCUAGGCAGUGGAGACGGUCCCAGACGAGGCACCUCGGGCUUGAGCAGUGGCCAGCGUUCCACCAGACCCCAGACUCGGCAGAGCCGUCUGAGAUUCCCCCUCCACCAGGAGGGCGGGUAUGCAGUGGUCACCUCUGGUAGAGAGGCCAGCUCAGCUGCUGAUAAUCCAGGAAGCCCCAGACCCGGCCAGGAGAACCUCUCGGCUGGACAGUCAUCAGGACCGAUCCCAGCCCCUCCCCUCCGUGUCCGUGUCCGCAUCCAGGAUAACCUCUUCCUUAUCCCGGUCCCACACAGCACCGAGGUCCAUUCUGUGGCCUGGCUGGCUGAGCAGGCCACUCAGCGCUACUACCAGACCUGCGGCCUGCUGCCCAGACUGACACUGCAAAAGGAGGGGGCGUUGCUGGCCCCCCAGGACGCCAUCCUUGAUGUGCUACAGAGCAAUGAGGAGGUACUGGCCCAAGUGACUUCAUGGGAUCUGCCCCCGCUGGCUGACCGCUACCACCAGGCCUGCCAGAGCCUGGGCCAAGGUGAGCAUCCGCAGGUGCAGCAGACAGUAGAGCGCCAAGGCUGCAGUCCCACGUUCAGUGCCUGUGCCCUCGCCCUGCGCCCUGCCCAGCUCACGCCCCUUCUGCGGGCCCUCAAACUGCACACUGUGCUGCGCGAACUGCGGCUGGCUGGGAACCGGCUGGGGGACGGAUGCAUGGCCGAGCUGCUGGCCACUCUGGGCACCAUGCCAGGCUUGGCCCACCUUGACCUCUCCUCCAACCACCUGGGCCCAGCUGGCCUACACCAACUUGCCUCCGGCCUCCCAGACCAAGCCACUGCUCAGACCCUAGAGGAGCUGAACUUGAGCAUGAACCCCCUUGGAGAUAGCUGUGGCCAAGCCCUAGCCACUAUCCUCCGGGCCUGCCCCUUGCUUAGCACCUUGCACCUCCAGGCCUGUGACCUUGGCCCCAGCAGCUUCAUAAGCCACCAGGCAGCCCUAGGCAAUGCCUUCCAAGAUGCCAAGCACCUGAAAACACUGUCCCUGUCCUGCAAUGCGCUGGGCACCCAGGCCCUGGCCCAAGCCCUGAAGAGCCUGCCUGUCCGUUCCCUCCUGCACCUGGAGCUCAGCUCCACGGUGAUGCAGGAGAGCAGCGCAGGCCUCAUGGAGCCUGUGGCAGAGUAUCUGAGCAAGGAGGGCUGUGUACUGUCGUCCCUCAGUCUGUCUGGGAACCACCUGGACGACAAGGCUGUGAGAACUCUGAGCAGGUGUCUCACUCUUUGUCCCUCACUUGUCUCACUGGACCUCUCUGCCAACCCCAAGGUCAGCCGCACUGGCCUAGAGGAACUCCUGUCAGCUCUCCAGGAACGGCCUUGUGGCCUCAACUUCCUCAACUUGGCAGGUUGUGCAGUCCAGGGCCCUCUGGGCCUCGGUCUCUGGGACAAGAUAACAGCAUACCUGCAGGAGUUGCGCCUAUGCAGCCGGCAUCUCACCCUCGAGGACCGAGAGGCCUUGCGCCGGGUCCUGCCCAACCAGCCAAACCCUGGCAUGUGCACACUGGAUCAGGGCGCUAAGCUCUUCUUCAGGCGCCUCUGA